AACAUUGACAAGUAAUUUCAUACUGAUACAUUUUUGUCUGCUGUCGCGUAAUAAUCUAAUACUUGUUGAUGAGUAAUUUGAUGUUGAUAUGCAUAUAAUAAUAUCCUAGCUAUCUCGUGUCAAUAGCAGGAAUCUCUUGUCUCUCUGUCUUGAGGGAUCCAAAUUCCAAAAGGAAUAUACAGAAACACAUCUAGUGUAGUGGUUGUGAAUGAAAAUGAUGGGGGAAGAAGAUGAGGUGAUGAAAUUGGGGAAGAAAAUAAGAUUGAUGGAGGAGAAAGAGGUGGCGAUAGUGGUGGUGCCCCUAGGGAUGGGGGUGCUGCUGGCCUACCAUAUGUGGCUGAUGCUCACCAUUAAACGCAAUCCCAGAAGAACUGUCAUUGGUCUCAACGCCGAGAGCCGCCGCAUCUGGGUUUCCUGUAUGAUGGCUGAUCCACUCAAAAACGGCGUGUUGGCCAUCCAAACCAUUCGCAACAACAUCAUGGCGUCCACGCUCUUGGCCACAAUCGCCAUCACUCUCAGCUCCCUAAUAAGCGUCUACGUCAGCAACGAAUCCGCAGGCCUGCAUCAGGAGAUCUCCGCCGUCUCCUCCGUCAAGUUCUUCGCCGUGCUCAUUUGCUUCCUGGCGGCCUUCCUCUGCAACGUGCUCUCGAUAAGGUACUACGCCCACAGCAGCUUCCUGGUCACCGUCCCGACCUUCAGGGACCGCAAGGAUGCCAUUGAGUACGUCGCAACGAACCUCAACCGGGGCGGCCUCUUCUGGUCGCUCGGCCUGCGGGCCUUCUACUUGUCGUUCCCUCUCUUCGUGUGGGUCUUCGGCCCGAUUCCCAUGUUCGUGUGCUGUUGUGUCAUGUCCUUCAUACUCUAUUUUCUUGACACCACCACCAGCUUCACCAGGGAUUUGUAUAGUCAUUCUGUGAGUGUUGAUGAAGAUUUGGAGGCUGCUCUUCUUCAACCUACUUAAUUUGGUUGUACAUCAUUUGUUGCGGAGUUAUAGUUUUGGUGGGAAAGUUUGCAAGAUUUCAUUUCUAUCUUUUGAUGUAUGUAAUUACCAUUUUCUUUUGUAUAAUUCUAUAUAUCUUAAUAUUCCCUCCGUCCACCACAAGUUUGAAACUUUUGGUGGGUAUAGGUUUUAAUCAAAUGAGUGGUGAUUUUUAUGUAAUGGAAAAAGAGCUUCAUUACUGUAUGAAACGAGUGGUUGAGUGGUGAUUUUUUUAUGUGAUGAAAAAAGAGUCCCACUAUUGUAUGAAAUGAAUGGUUCAGAUUGAA